GACGCUAACGUCUUAGUCUUGUGAAUUCUUUUAUUUUUUCCCCCUCGACGCAAAAUAGCCCCAUCGUGCUCCGAAUCAGUCCCAAGCAGCGUUUUAUGAUACCGAUAAUGUAAUGCAUUUUUUCAUUUUUCACUCCGCGCUUACUUGUUUGAGACCCUUCAUUUGACUUGCACACAAUCUUUGGCUCCUUCGUAUAAGUUGCAAGACCCCCCCCCUCCCCUCUUCGGCAUAUCGUCUUCUCCGUCUUCUACCCCGUCAUUUGGAUCGAAUUGCCAGAUCAAAACGAAGAGAGACAGAGAGAGACAGAGAGAGAUCUUAUGCCCCUUCCACACAAGUUUUUAAUUGCCCCCCGCCCACCAUCUUCACAGUCUCUGCACAAGUCCUGCCAGUAAGCAACUGCGGCUACCACAAGGACAGCAGCCAUCACGACAACCACAACCACAACCACCACCACAACCACGACUCUUCUUUCUACCAACCCAAAUCACAUCAACAGCUCACCCCAACACGCCCCCUCCCACAUUCAAGAACCCACCACCAGAUUCACCGAUUGCGUCCAGCCAUCAACCUUGGAAGAAUCCCAAAGCGAAUCCACACUAGGAGUUAAACAAGAUACACAUUGACACUGACUCCUCCAAAGGUCUCAAUCAAUUUACUCCCGCUUUCCUCUCCGCUUCGGCCUUACUACAACGGAACACAACCCACUUUAUUAAGGCUCACCCACCAUUCACUUAUAUAUCACUGACGAAUUCCCCCAAAUUUCCAUUCACUCCAAAAAAAAAAGUUUUCGGAUUUUUAUUGAAAUUUGGUCUUUGCUCUUGCACUCUGCUCCCCCCUCUCACAACAUCACAUCGCCUCUUCCAACGUCCUCCACGUCUUGCUUGCUAGGUAUCAGGCCGCAGUGAAGGAAUAGGGAAGAAGAGAACGACGGAGAAAAUUAAAGUCGACGUUCGAGAUUACAGUGUUCGUUGCGGCGGCGAUCACAUGCAACGCGCUUCUUCUGCAGUAGAUUUUAACAGUCUACUGAAUCCUCCCCAGUCUGCUCAGGAAUUGGAACACCAAGCUGCGAGACAGAAAUUGGCCAUCAUCCAACAGCAGCAACAACAUCAACGAGAAGCAGAAAUGGCGGCCAUGAGCAUGAUGGCGCCAACUAUGGUCGGUGGACACCAUGGAGAUGAUCGUCAAGACUUACCUCGACCAUAUAAAUGUCCUCUGUGCGAAAAGGCAUUUCACCGUCUCGAACAUCAAACUAGGCACAUUCGAACUCAUACGGGCGAGAAACCUCACGCCUGCAUGUUUCCUGGCUGCACCAAACGAUUUUCCCGUUCAGAUGAACUCACUCGUCACUCGAGGAUACACAACAAUCCAAACUCGAGAAGGAGUAACAAGGCACAGCAAGCUCCACAGAUGGGUGUGGCGAUGCAUUCAGAGUCGAUGGCUACCAUGAUGCCGCCACCAAAUAAGAACAUUACUCGAUCAGCACCAGCGUCCGCUCUUGGUAGCCCAAAUGUGUCACCGCCUCACUCAUACUCUUCAUAUAGCAGCAACUACCUUUCGAGUCUCAACCCUCAUGGAAGAAGUUUAGGGGGAAGCCCAAGUAACGGUCAAGCACCGCUCACCGACAUCAACAUGUUGGCUACUGCGGCGACACAGGUCGAGAGAGAAAGUAGUACCACAGCCACUCAUUACUCCCAACACACUCAACCUCGUCAUCAACCUUAUUACAGUCACAGCAGUCAUAACAGCAGGAAUCAUCUUCCAUCGCUUCAAGCUUACGCCAUGACUAGAGCGCAUUCUCAUGAAGAAGAUGAUCAUUAUGCUCAUCGUCAUGCGAAACGUUCCCGCCCAAAUUCGCCAAUGUCGACUGCACCAUCCUCGCCUACAUUCUCUCACGAUUCUCUUUCCCCAACUCCUGAUCACACUCCUCUCGCCACUCCCGCGCACUCGCCUCGUUUGAGACCAUUCGGUGGUGGAUACGAUCUGCCAGGUAUUAGAAAUCUGUCUCUUCAUCACACUCCUGCUCUUGCACCCAUGGAACCUCAACAUCUUGAUGGUCAAUAUCACACUACUGCUACUCCUACCCCACCAACCACAAGUGCUCCAAGAACCGGUCUCACCAUCUCAGAUAUCAUGUCUAGAACGGAUGGUAGCACGAGAAAAUUACCAGUUCCUCAAGCUCCGGUCGCUGUACAAGAUCUCUCUAGUCCGGGCGAGAUUGGUUUCAAUACAAGUGGACAGAGUAGUACCACUGGUAGCGUUGCCGGAAAUGAUCUCGCCGAUCGCAUGAUUUGAAGAUGAUACUUUAGAAUGGCCUCCAUUUUGGGGCACAUGGCAGUUGUAUGACUUUCAAUAUUUCCAUUUAAAAGCAAUGGUAUUAUGAGUAUUUCAGACAGUUUAAUCUGCACCAUUAUAUGGUUAUUACUCUAUCGGCGUUUGAUCAUCACGAAAAGACACGUGGCCAACAAUAGACAAUCGUCCCGAUUAAUAUCACCUCAUCGAGCCCUUUUGUCAACCACCACUCGCGACCACAUCAGAGUCAACAUCUCGACUCCUCAUUCAACCUUUUAUAUGGUUCAUUGAUAGUUUUCUUUUGCAGCAUGGAUGGGGUUUUUGGUUGUAUACUUAGAGCGGCAUAUUCAAACUAUAGACUACUUUUUUUUUUUGUUAUGGAAUCUAUUGAUUCUGAUUCUCCAGAUCAUGGAGCAUCUCACGGCUGGCACAACUUUUUUUUUUAUGUUUGUUUUCAUUAGCUUUUUUUUUUAUUGUUCACCACGGAUUGGAGCGAAGGUUAAGGAUGCAUUUUCGGCAUUCGUUGGGAAGCGUAAACAUAUCCGGAGGAGGAUUUAUAGACUUGGGUGACGGUACGGACUGGGGAUGGGAAAUGGGAAUGAAUGGGGAAAUUCAUGGGAGGAGAAAUAUUUCAUGCUGAUAGUGGCUAUGAAUGUGAUGGAAGGGGGAGGGAAAGAGUACAGCAUCGGUAUCACAAGGGAUGAAAUGGUGGAUGGGGAAAGGAAGAUGAAGUAGCAUUUAGCUAGCUUAGUAUAGAAUUUGGCGGAUACCAAAUAAUAAGCGAUGAAAUAAAACUUUCAAUAACCCAUUUAAGGAUUUUUUGGUCA